AGGAAAUAUCCACGAGCCCAAUCAGGCGCAUGGACGAGUCCGGCGAUGGCACGGAGGGCAGCAUUGUCGGCGACGUCCUCCUCCACAACCUCAUGGGCUUCGACCUCGUGGAGAGCGCCCCGUACUCGGUCUCGGACGUGCUCGCCGCACCGCCAAGCGCCUACCGGUCGACCGACAGCUGCUUCGCCCCGUGGAGCGCCGACGACAGGCCCAUGGAUCUGCGCGGUUCGGCCUUCGCUGCCAUAUGGGAGCGCUACCUCCACUUGAACCACCUCGAGGUAGAUGAGCGGCCCGCGUCGGAGCUGGCACGCUUCCUCCACGACGUCGAGGUGCUCCAGCAAACGUACGUCGGCUACGAUACGAUGAGCGCGGGCGACUGGCCACUUGGCGCGCUCACGCUGGUCGUCGACGAGAUGCUGUACGCGCUACAACACGCGCUGUGCGUUCGUCUCUCGGUCGCGCUUCGCGUCUUGUCCAAGGCGCUGCGCUGGAAGCGCAACCAAGCAAUCGUGCUGCGGCUUCACGACGGCGCCGGCAUCGCCUGCCUCUUUGGCCCCCUGACGACGCUGCUGCAAACAUGGCUCGAUCACGUGACCGUGCGACACGAGGGAGACGGCGACAGCGAUGACGACGACGAUCGGAUCUGCCUCUACGAUACGCUACGGAGCUGGGCAAGGCUUCUCGAGGUGUGCUUUGUCGGGUCCAGCGCGCUCUGGAAGCAGUGGGCCGACGUCGACGUCGCGAUGCCCGACCUGCUCUCACCUGCCACUGCUUCCGGAAGCGCUGACCCCUCGGAUGCGUGCUUGUCAGCGCUUGACGACGUCCACCACGAGUGGACCGACUACUACUUUGACUCGAAGAAGCCGACGCCGAUGGGCUUUCUGCAGCACGCGUUCUAUGCGCUGCCGCCACUUCGCGCCUUUGAACACGUUUGUAUCGAGAGCCUUCUCGUCGUUUUCGCCGCGACCCGGGCCGCCGACCUCACCUCGCAUCACGUGGUGUCGCCAUGGAUCCCGCUGCAGCUCGAUGUGCUCGGACUCCUCGGGGCGCUGCUCUGCGUCCACCGAAGUACGUCGUCGGCGCCGAUAGUUGGGGACGCCUUCUUAUCAGCGCUCUUUGAUGUGCUGCUUUUGGACGCCAAGCAGCCAUCGGGCUCGGCCCAGCGCAUGGCGCAAGAGACGUCGCUCACGUCCAUGGUGCUCCGUGUCGGCCUCGAAGUGUGUGCGACCGCCGAUAAUCUCUGGCUCGUUUUUGCCGAAAAGCUCAGCCUCGUACAGUCGCCGCUGCGCUGGCUCCUCGACACGUCGCUGCAGCUCGCAUCGUCGACAACGACGAUCGAACCGCGGACGUCCGGCGAACACCCGACGUAUGCGCUGACGCUGCAUGGCGAUCUCUUUUCGGAUGUGGAAGCUGCGACCGGCGACCGCGUCUUGUGCUAUGCGUGUCAGCACCAUGCGACGCGCUUUGUCGCGACCGGGCUAGUCGCGGCCUGUGGCGCGCAGCGCCUCGCAUUGUCGACACCGGCGCAUCACGCAUGGCACCACGCCAACCUCUGCUACAAGGCGCUGUUUGACACGCUCUUUCUCACGUUUGCGACCCCGGCGGUGCGCUUCCUCGACACGACGAUGCCGGUCGACCUGAGCGCGUCACCGAUCGCUGGCUUUUUCGAGCACAUAAUCCUUGUGGCAUUAAACUGGAGCCGCGCUGCGCGCCGCCACGUCGCCGGCGUCAGCGUCGAGCUCCACGCUGCGUGCUUCCUCCGACACGUCUUUCAUUUGCAUCCGCAGAGCACGGUCGUCGCGACUACGCUGCGUGACGCCGACGCGUGGCCGUUUCUGUGGCGGCACCCGAGUCUCUUUGACGCGCUCGGCGCGCGCUGUUUACAUCCACGCACAUUGCGGCUCGGCGAUGUGUCGACGACGAUCGCGGCGCUCGACAAGGGCCCGCGCAGCUGUUUUGCCACGUACCAUGCGGUCGUCCUGGCCACGCUUUUGCGGAUUAUGCACGCGCUUCCCGACAAGACAGCGUACUUGGGGCUAGUCUUCAAGAGCCUGGUCGCGACGAGUCAGGAGAACGAUGCUUGGUUCCGUUUCUCGAUGCUCUCGGUGCUCGAGCAGCUGGCCUACGCCGAAGGUGCCGCCUUUGACGCCUUCUUUCUUGCGCAUGUCCCGUUGGUGGCGCGGUUGCUCGGGCCCAUCGAUGAGAGUGAUGCGUCGUCACUUGCCCGGCGAGCGAGUCUUCGCUUCCUCCACGUCUUUGUGACCCCGUUGCGGGCUGUGGAUGUCCUCGACGUCGAGCUCACGAUGCGCUGCGGGCUCCUUCCGGCGCUUUUCCAGCUGCUGCACGACCCGACGUGUGUCCCGUACAUACUGCAGAUGCUGCCGGGGCUCUUGCACGCGGGUCUGGAGCUUCUCUUUGGCCGGCACGUGGCUGCGACAUCGGCCGACGUGCUCCACGCCCAGCUCUUCCAGCUGUACACGCAGUCACUCUCCGAGCUCAUCUCGCAGACGCAGCGUGGCGUCGGCGACGUGGUCAUGGCGCUCGUCGAUGUCCUCGACUCUGUGCUGGCAUCGAGUGUGUACGUGACGGCGGCGCAAAAGCUGUUCCGAGACUGUGGGCUCUUUGUACAUCUCACCAAUUUGCUCCACUCGCGCCAUUACGUCGAGACACCGGGCCAUGGCAGCGUAAUCCGAGCUGUCGGCGCCGUGCUCACGUUGCUCAUGGCGGGUAACCGCGAGUCCAAGGCCGAGUUUCGGUCGCUCCUCGGGUCGGCAAUCGACGAUCACGAUCACGACCGCGUCGCGUACGCGCCUCUUGUCGACGUGUGCUUGGCCGCCGAGCCUGACGCCAUCUCGCUGGCGACCAUGGAGCUCUUUCUCAAGAUGAUGGUCGACAACGAUCGUGCCGGUUGUCGGAUCCACAACCCAGACGCGGUGCCCGUGCUCUGGCUCCUCUUCCGGCGCUGUGUGGUCGAGGUGCAACACGUUGUCGUCGGACGCUUCCUCGAGCUCUUUGACGCGGCGACGUACGCGGUGUUGAACCGGUCGAUGUGCUGCUAUGUCCAGCCUGCGACGCUCGACCAGAUCCUCGAUUUACUGGAAGCCGACGUCGUGUCCGAUGGCCUCUUGCAGAUCAUGGUCGAGAUUGGCCUCCACAGCAUUGGUGUCAAGCAGCUCAAGCGCUUCUUCCGCCUCUUGCAAAAACCGUCGAUGGCGUCGCACGCCGCGCCGCUUGUCCACGCCCUCUACCGCAUGGUCACGCCCAAGCGCGUGGGCCCGAGCCGGUUCUUCUUUCUCGAUGGCGAGCAGUCGGGUCUCGAUGUCGCACCGUCGUUUACGCUGCCGUCGCGCGGCUACACGCUGCACACGUGGGUCCGUCUCGACGAGGCGCCGUCGCGGAAGAAGCAGACGCUCCUCUCGAUCCGCGACGAGACUGGUGACGGCUACCAUCUCUAUGUGCAGUCGGGCGUCUUGUGCUAUGCGAUGCCGCAGAAUGUGUUUGUGUCCACGAACGUACCCUUGGUACCGCACACGUGGCACUGCCUGAGCUGGUCCCACGCAUCCGGGUCAUUCCGGACGCGGCCCGAAGCGAGCGUGUGUCUUGACGGCGACGUGGUCUGGAGUACGAACGACGUGCCGUCGAUCGAGCUGGCGGCCGUGACGUCGUGCCACAUUGGCUGCGAUGUCGGCGUGACGCACCUCGGGCGAUUGCAACUGGGCGCCGUCUACUUGUUUCGAAGAACGCUCUCGCGCGAGCACGUGCGACUGUUGCACCGCCGCGGCCCAGACAUGCUCUUGGCGCGACCAGACCCGCUCCUUGACGAGCUUCUCUGGAGCUACCACCCGAGCGUGUGGGAAGGCCAGUACUUUCUCAACGGCAGCUUGCACUUUCAAGAGGCGACACCGCAUCAACUCGCGGCGCGACGUCUCGAAGGCACGUACCACGUGUACACGCGGUAUGUCGUCGACGUUCUCGAUUGCAUCGGUGGCAUUGCAGUCGUCUUGCCGCUGCUGGCGCUGUUUGACUAUGAGCCGAGUCCGGAUCUGACGGCGAAUGUGCUGCAGCUGCUCAUGGCGCUGCAGCACGACCACAGUGCGAACCAGCGAUUUCUUCAUGAAGGCCACGGCGUGCGGGUCGUGGCAUAUCUUCUCAGUCGCAUGGCGCCGCAGCACCGUACGAUUCAGGUCGUUGAUGUCAUGACGGCGCUCUUGCUCGACGCGCCACGACCUGUGCAAGGCCUCAUCAUCAAGCACUGGCUCGGUAACUUGUAUCUCUGGUCGUUUGCACCGCUCCACGUGCAGUUGUACGCGGUGGCAACGCUGCGCCGGCUCGUGCUCUCACCGAGCUUGCCGUGGCCGGCGCAUCUGACCGUGCGCAAGCUCCUCGACGAUCUCCGGCUACACUAUUGGUUUACACCGCCGACUGCAAUUUGGGCGAGCGAAGGCGGCUGCAUGGACGCAACCGCGGGUGUAUUGUCGCCUAGCCACUUUGAAAAAGGCGCCAUGUUCAAUCGACGCGAGUGGUGUCACCCCGAGACGCACGCACAUGUGGCGUCCCAUCUGAGUGCCGCCGAGUGCCACGAAGUGCGCGACGCGCUUCUCGAACUCCUCGAGACGCUGCUUCGCACCAAGAAAAGCCUCGAGGCCGCCGAUGUGAACGCGCUCACGGGCUUCCUCGCCUUCUCGGGCGACGAUAUGCAAAAGAAAGAUGUUCUGAACGUGCUCCUCCGCCUCUUUGCCGAGCCAACGCUGGCGCCAACGCUCGCGGCGCUUGUCGAGAAGGAGGUCCGGCGCCAAGUCAACACGCCGGAUGCCAAUUUGGACCCGCAUUAUUGCGUCACGCCGUGGAGCGGGUUUGGCUCGCCCCUCUCGGCGGCCGACGCUGUCGUGGCGCUCGUGCUCCGACGGCCGCAGUUGUCUGGACACCUCAAGCUGCUCGGGCUUGAAAUUGUCGUACAGUGUCUGAGUGUAUCGCCGGUCGAGACCGUGGCGCACCGCCCGCACUCGGUGUCGAUGCCGUCGACCGUGCUUGCGACGGCGCUUGCGUUCAAGCCGCGCCUUGCGGCCUCGCACAACGACGUGCGCUUCGCGUCGCACCUUCGCCGCAUGAGCAGCUACAGCUUCAGCGAGCUCUCGGACGAUGACAGUGUGACCGAGACGACGAUGACGACGACGAUGUACGAGAUACCGUCGGACGCUGUCGGACACGUACUCGCAGCCCUAGCGUUUGUACCGGCCGAGGCGUACGACGACGUGGUUCUGCUCUGCUGGCGUCUCCUCGUCAACGACCGUCGGCACGUUGUCGUGCCAGCGCUGUUUGCGGCCAUGCCCCGCGCGUCACUACCCACGUGCCUCGAUGUGCUGCGCGGACUUGACCAUCAGCUGCGGCUUUUGCAGCUCGUGUGUCACCACCGCGUCCUGCGGUCGUGGAUGCUGGUGAUGCAGCGCUGCGAGACGGACGAUGACCGACAAGUCGUGCUCAAUGUCGCUGUCACGUGGUCGGUGCACUGCAUCGCGACGGCUGUCGACGGCUGGGUCACCGUGCACCGGUGUCUCGCGCUUCUCGAUGCGAUCUUAUCGCCAGAAUCGCUGGCCGAUGAAAUGCGCCAGCGGUACUUGACGCAGCUGCUGCAACACCUGCGGCACUUGGAUGUGCCGAGCCGACUGCAAGCCCACGGGUCGAAAUGGCAGUACGCCUCGUCCGACCCGAUGGACGCGGAUCGACAGCAGUGGCUCCUCGUGCACGCCAACGUCUGGCACCUCGUGUUUGUAGUCGAAGACGACCGGUGUCGCGCCGCGCCGACGGUCGCGCUUGUCGAAGCGCUCUUGCAUCUGCUUCGGCGUAUGGACAUGCUGUACUGGACGGCAUUUCCGAUUGAACUCGAGACGGCGCAGCCGUGGACGGCUCGAAAGGGCGGCGUCGUGCGUGCGGUCUUGCGUCUCCUGCUGCCGUUGCAGCACGCCGUGCCCUUGCUCCACGAGUACCUCUUCCAUGACCAGUGCCCCCACGCCCGCGGCGACGCUCAGCGGUACAUUCUGCGCGCCUUGGCCGUCGUCUCGGGCCUCUGCAGAGCCGAGCCGCAGGGCGAGUUGCGUCAAACAACAUUGGACCUUGCACGCCGGCACAAGGCGCUGCUGCAACUGCGUUUCCUCGACCUGCAGCAGUCGUCGACGUCAUCUGUGGCGCCAACGGCGUCGUCCGAGCUGGUGGCAACAGCGUUGUUGGCCGAGUUGCGGAGUGCGUUGCAGUUGCCGUCGCUCGAGUGGGCGCACUGGGACGUGCUUGUGCCGCCAUACGACCCAAUGACGGACGACAGCGGCCAUUGGGCAGCCGAGAUGGCCUCCGAGCGGCGUCAAAUCGUCGCACGCGAGUCGCUGGCUGGAGUACACUGGGAGCUGCUUGCACGGCAGUGCCACCACCAUCGGUAUACGUCCAAGACCAUGGACGACAUCUUGAGCAGCGCCAUGCAGUGGGAGCGGUCGGUGUGGAAGCUAACGAGCGAUUCGUACGAGAAGCAGCGCGUACACGCGAGUCACACGUGGCAGCGUCUGCUGCGAUCGCUCACGAACGAGCGCGCAUCGUGGGGCUAUGACGGUAGCCGCGGCGUCGCCGUGCAUUGGAAGCUUGACAGCGCCGAGAACGCGCGGCGAGAGCGCUGUAAACUCAAGCGGUAUUACGCCCGGGAUGCGACGCCGAUGGCUUUGACCGAGCCGCCGACCAUCUCGCAAACAGAUGCGCAGCUGUCGCUGGCGACCGAGCUCCUCCAGGCCAAGGCGCUUGCCGCGUACAACGAAGACUUUUACGAAAAGCUCAAGAUGCGCGACGAAGCCGGCAACGAGCAGACGCCGCUAGUUGCGCUGACCGACGGCAUCGACCCCGGGGCACGCAUCGUGUCGUUCGAGUGCAUGUGGAUCGCCAAGACCAAGCACGAGCCAUGUCAUCUGCAUCUGUACCCGACGUACCUCAGUCUGGUCGUGCAAGCAACGAGCAAGCACAUCAAAUGGCCGCUGCCGGGCUUGCUGCAAGUCGAGAGCCGUCGGUUCCAGUUUCGAUCCUCGGCGCUCGAGUUCUUCUUUCGCGAUGGCGCGACCAUUUUCGUGCAUUUUCUCGACAAGAAAGCUGCCGCCUUGCUGCAGCAAACGCUCCGCUUCAUGCAACCGCCAUCGCUGCAGCCGUCGCUCGGGCGCACGCCGCGCGCGCGGUUCGAGCACUCGAGUGCGACCCAGCGCUGGGUCGACCGAAAGCUCUCGAAUUUCGAGUACCUCAUGCAUCUCAACACGGUGGCGGGGCGUACGUACAACGAUCUCGCGCAGUACCCGAUUUUCCCGUGGGUCUUGUCCGAUUAUACGAGUGACACGCUUGAUUUGACCAACCCGGCGACCUUUCGCAAUCUCUCGCGGCCAAUUGGCGUGCAGAACGACGCGAGCUUGACGUUCUUCACGGAGCGCUACAAGGAGGACGACAUGCCCCAGCUCCCUCCGUUUCACUAUGGCACGCACUACUCGUGCUCUGCGUUUGUCAUUGGCUUUUUGCUGCGAUUGCAGCCAUUCACGAGCUACCACAAGCAGCUGCAAGGCGGCAAGCUCGACCACGCGGAUCGAUUGUUCCACUCGAUCGAAGCCUCGUACCGGAGCUGCACGACCAACCCAAGCGACGUGCGCGAGCUCUUGCCCGAGUUUUACUGCCUCCCCGAGUUCCUUCUCAAUACAAACCGGAUCGAGCUGGGGACCAAGCAGAACGGUGACGUCGUCGACAACGUUGUCUUGCCGCCGUGGGCCCACGGCUCGGCCCACGAGUUUAUUCGGCUGCACCGAGAAGCGCUCGAGAGCGACUACGUCUCGACGCACUUGCACGAAUGGAUCGACUUGAUAUUCGGCUACAAGCAGCGCCCGCCGCUCUUUGGCGGCACGGACCACGCCGUCGACGCGUGCAACGUGUACUUUCACCUGACGUACGACGGCGCUGUCGACCUCGACAAGCUCGAAGCUACCGACCCGAUGCUGUAUGCAACCACGCUGCGGCAAAUGGACUGCUUUGGCCAGACGCCGUCGCAGCUUCUGCUUCGCCCGCACCCACCGCGGUCGCCGUCGAUCGAUACGAUUCGGUCGCUAGUCCGUGUCGCGCAGUGGGUCGGCCACCCGCGGGUGCGCGGCAGCCGGAGUCGACGCCCGAUUUUGUGUCUUUCGCUAAUUGACGAGGCGGUUUUGGCGAUCGAUGCGAGCCGCCGAUUGAGCUUGCACAAGUGGAAGGCACUGCCGCCCGACCACGAGCCGCCCUUCGUUUUCGCGCCGACGCCAACGUCGAUGCACGUGCUCGGUGGUCCAUUUGCGACGCGAGCAGUGACGACGUACGCCGAGUCGGCCAUGACGUUAUCGUCCAACCUCUUUGCGGUGCACGGCAAGCACGUCUUCUCGGUCGGGCACUGGGACCACAGCAUUCAGGUUACUCGACUCGUCGACGGCAGCGCGUCCGAGCAUGGCCAGAGCGUCCGUGGGCACCACGAUGUCGUUACGUGUGUUGCUGUGAGUGCAGACGGCCGCGUCCUUGUCACCGGCUCGUCCGACAACACGGUCAUGGUGUGGCCGCUCGUAUGGCGCGACAAGGUCUGCGAGCUCCGCCGGACGCCGAGUUUUGUCUUGUUUGGUCAUGACGACGGCGUCGCAAGCGUCGCGGUCUCGUGCGACAUGGACGUGGUUCUGAGUGCGAGUCGGGACGGCACCAUCAUUGUGCAUACGCUGAGCAACGGCCGGUACAUUCGCACGCUGCGCCCGGACGCCUCGCGGCUCGCGCGCUUGACGUACGUUGGGCUCAGUACGUACGGGUCGAUCCUGACGUAUUGUGAUUCGACGUCGACGCUCUAUCGGUACUCGAUCAACGGCGACUGCCUCGCGUCGCGGGUCAUUGAUCAAAAAGCCCAGGCGUUUGCGCUGACACAGGACGGCGACGCGAUUCUUCUUGGCGGGCGCGGCCAGACGAUCACCGUGUACCGCGUGCACGACCUCUCGAUCCAGCGCGAGUUCGAUGGCAGCGACGAGACGCGCGGAUUGAGAGCGUUCCAGAGCCCGAUCCACGCGCUCUGCCUCUCGGCCAACGACAUGCAUCUGCUCGUCGGUCUUGGCAACGGCGACGUGUGCGUGUACACGCCGGAUGCGCAGUACCUCCGCGACCGGCUGCAAACCAAACUCACCGACCUGGGGUUUUAGAGGCUCCUUGAUAGACAACUUUGUGUGAACGCCAGGACAUUUUGCGUGGCUGUCGCCAAAAAAGCACAAUCCUGU